CUCUCCUCUAGAUCUCUCAUUGGGUUCUGCACUGGGACUGAGGCAGUCAAGGCUUGGAUCAGCUGAGCUGUGCAAUCGUUCUAAGCAGGUUUCCACAGGUCAUCUAAAGGCCAGGAUCAUGGAGAGCAUGGACUUUGAAAAGGAAGAGAAGCGCUAUUGUGUCCGUGGGAAGCAUGUGGCUAUAAUCUGCCUAGUUGUGGUGGUCUCUGCUGUAGCUGUGGGGCUUGGGGUGGGCCUAACGCGACCUGACACCUCUCCAACUCCAACUCCGCCCAAGCCUACCACUAGCCCUGAGCCUCCUCCGGCUGACAGAGGGCCCUGUAAGCCAUCAAAUCAAACCAAUGGGGAAUGGAAGAAUUUCCGUCUGCCCACCUAUGUGAAGCCUGUGCACUACAACCUGCAUCUGGAGCCUGACCUGACUACCGACCUCUAUACUGGGAGUGUGUCCAUCAAUCUGGAGGUCACCCAACCUACACGCUACCUGUGGCUACACAUCCGAGAAACGUUUGUCAACAGCGUUCCUAAGUUGGUGUUGAAAAAUGGGCAGGAUCAGAAGGAUCUGGCAGUGAAAAGUUGCUUUGAAUACAAACCACAGGAGUAUGUGGUGGUAGAGGCUGUGGAGGAAUUGGCAGCCACCAAGCCAGGCGAGGUGUACGUUCUUACCCUGUACUUCCAGGGCUGGCUCAAUGGAUCUCUGGUAGGCUUCUAUAAGGUCACGUAUGAGGAAAAUGGAGCUACCAAAAAGAUUGCUGCCACUGACCAUGAGCCAACUGAUGCCCGGAAAUCUUUUCCUUGUUUUGAUGAACCAAACAAAAAGGCCACCUACAAAAUCUCCAUCAUCCAUGAUAAAUCUUACACAGCCCUCUCCAAUAUGCCAGUGGAGGGCACCCCUGAAAUACUUCCUGGCAAUAAACUCAGAACCUCCUUUCUCAACUCUGUUCCAAUGAGCACCUAUUUGGUAUGUUUCGCUGUGCACCAGUUUUCCUUUGUGGAAAGAAUUUCCUCUCGAGGGAUUCCACUGAGAAUCUAUGCUCAGCCUUUACAAAUAAAAACAGCAGAAUAUGCCGCUAACACAACCAAAGUCAUUUUUGACUACUUCGAAGAGUAUUUCAACAUGUCAUACUCAAUCGCAAAGCUAGAUAAGAUUGCUAUUCCUGAUUUUGGCACGGGAGCCAUGGAGAACUGGGGCCUGAUAACAUACAGAGAGACCAACCUCCUCUAUGAUGAGAAUGAAUCUUCCUCUUAUAAUAAACAACGUGUGGCUAGCGUUAUCGCCCAUGAGCUGGUUCACCAGUGGUUUGGGAACAUUGUGACCAUGGAUUGGUGGGAUGACCUUUGGUUGAAUGAGGGUUUUGCCAGUUUUUUCGAAUACAUCGGUGUUGAGAAUGCUGAGCCUACAUGGAAAAUGCGUGACAUCAUGAUCAUCAGUGAUGUACUUCCGGUCAUGGUGGAUGAUGCCCUUCUCUCCUCUCAUCCAAUCAUUGUGGAUGUGUCAACUCCUGCUGAGAUAACCUCUGUGUUUGAUGCCAUAUCCUACAGCAAGGGAGCUUCAAUUCUUAGAAUGUUGGAGGACUGGAUGGGUCGAGAUACUUUCAGAGAUGGCUGUCGAAAAUACUUGAAAGACUAUCACUUCAUGAAUGCCAAAACAAAAAAUUUCUGGGAUUCUCUUGCUGAGGUAAGCAAGUUGCCAGUGGCAGAGGUAAUGGACACAUGGACUAAACAAAUGGGCUACCCUGUGUUGGACUUGGCCAUUGUGGGGACUCAAGCCAACCUCACCCAGAAAAGAUUCCUUCUUGAUCCUAAUGCAGAUGUUACCCAGCCCCCCUCACCACUUGGAUAUAAAUGGAACAUACCUGUGACUUGGCACUCGGUGAAUAGUGAGAAGAAUAUGUCAAUUAUGUUUGACAAAGAUGCAACAGAGUUGACUCUGCUAGACUACUCGAUCAAUACAGAUGGACUCCUAAAGGUCAACAACGAUCAUAUUGGAUUCUAUAGAGUCAAUCAUGAUAGCAAUAUGUGGAGCACCAUAAGUCAAGAACUCCAACGAAACCCCCUGGAGUUUGAUGCAGCAGAUCGAAGCAGUUACAUUGAUGAUGUAUUUGCUCUGGCAAGGGCAGAUGUUGUGGAUUAUGGCAAUGCAUUUAACCUAACAAAAUACCUGAGUCAAGAGACAGAAUACAUUGUUUGGGAUCGAGUGUCAUCCUCCAUUGCAUAUGUCAGAGACAUGUUGUCAAGCGACAGUGUUCUCUAUCCAAAGUUUCAAAUUUUGUUCCGUGAGCACGUGCGUGUCAUUUCCAGGCGUCUGGGUUGGAAUGAUAUUGGAACUCAAAAUGAGAGGUUGCUGAGGGAAACCGUUUUAGGAAUUGCUUGUCAAAUGGGUGAUCAAGAAAUGCUCAGUAAUGCGUCUGCUAUAUUUUCUAAAUGGAUUACAGACAACAUAAGUGUGCAGGUUAACUUACGUCUGCUUGUGUAUCGCUAUGGCAUGAAGAAUUCUGGCACAGAGAAAGAGUGGAAUAAAAUGUUUGAUAUCUACCAAAAAGCAACCUUGGCCCAAGAAAAGGACAAGCUUCUUUAUGGACUUGCAUCUGUUGAAAACGUCACUCUUCUUUACAGGUUACUUGAGGCAUCUAAAGAUGAAAGUAUUGUGAGGAGUCAGGAUCUGUUCACUGUGGUCCGCUACGUCUCGCUGAAUAAAUUAGGCACAACUAUGGCCUGGGACUGGGUCACCCUCAAUUGGAACUACCUUGUACAGAGAUACACCAUCAAUGACAGAAACCUGGGGCGUCUGCUGACCCGAAUUAGCUCAACCUACAACACAGAACUUCAACUGUGGCAGAUGGAGCACUUUUUUAAACUUACACCUAACGCUGGUGCUGGAGAGAUGCCCAGGCAGCAAGCUCUGGAGACGGUGAGGAACAACAUUGAAUGGGUCAGGAGGAACAAGGAAGAGAUCGGUAUAUGGCUGGAAAGCAUUGCCCCCUCAUAAUAAUAUUCUCAAAUAAAAAACUGGAUGACAAAUUUUUGGGGCGCAAAGUGUACACGAUGUGGCUAGUGUUGACCUAAUGUUAAGUACACAUUAGAUUUAUGUGACACAGAUAGUGGUACUAUGUCUCAUGGUAAUAACUUAGCCACAACACAACUUGAUUUCUUGUAAUUUGCCAGAAAGGAAAAUAUAUUAAAAUAUAGUUUAAUUGGGUAGGUGGUUAAUUUAUGAGAUAGUUCAAUCAUAGUUGAUGUCAAUAUACGUAAUUCUAAAAAAGAAAUUGGUUUGAACAUUGGAAUCACUCUCAUUCAACUGUUCAUCUUAAAACAGCCUAACAAAACACCAAAAGAUUUAAGAGGGAUUGUUGCAAUAAGCGGAUCAUUGUUCUACAGUAUUUAUAUGAAUUAGGUAUGCAGACAAGGUCUUUGAUGCAUUUAUUCAUGUUUUUGUAAAUACUGUUAAAAAAUAAAU